AAAAAAAGGGAUUCCACAGCGCAGAAUGCAUAGGAAAAGACGGGAUAGAAAAAUCCGUCAAAACGCCAGCUAAGGUGAAUUGCAAUAACAACACUAGAAACGUCCAUAGCCAACUAAUCUCUGGAGAGAGAGAAAAUUGAGAAAGAGAGAAGAGUUUGAAUCUCCGAAUUGGAUUUCGAUCUCGUCUCUAACAACACAUAAAAAUUCGUAGAUCGGAUCUUCGCGAGCCCGACCCGAACCGGCGACGAUGCCUUCCCGUAGAAGAACACUCCUUAAGGUCAUCAUCCUUGGCGACAGCGGGGUGGGAAAGACCUCAUUGAUGAAUCAAUAUGUAAAUAAGAAGUUCAGUAACCAAUACAAGGCUACCAUUGGAGCUGAUUUUUUGACAAAGGAGGUGCAGUUUGAAGAUCGGCUCUUCACUUUACAGAUCUGGGACACUGCUGGCCAGGAAAGAUUUCAGAGUCUUGGGGUUGCUUUCUACCGUGGUGCUGAUUGCUGCGUUCUUGUUUAUGACGUAAAUGUGAUGAAAUCUUUUGAUAAUCUAAACAACUGGAGGGAAGAAUUCCUGAUUCAGGCCAGCCCAUCAGAUCCAGAGAACUUUCCAUUUGUUGUUAUUGGAAACAAGGUUGAUGUGGAUGGUGGAAAUAGUAGAGUGUUGCUUCAUUGCAGGUAUCUGAGAAAAAGGCUCGGGCAUGGUGUGCCUCGAAAGGGAAUAUCCCAUACUUCGAGACGUCUGCCAAGGAAGGUACCAAUGUUGAAGAAGCUUUCCAGGUCAUUGCGAAGAAUGCCCUGAAGAGCGGUGAAGAAGAAGAAAUAUACUUGCCUGACACAAUUGACGUUGGAAGCAGCGGUCCGCAAAGACCUACUGGUUGUGAGUGCUAAAACAGAGUUCAGGAUUCACUCUCAUUCUUAUUCUCCUGGAAUGACAGAGAACAAUAUGGUUCUUGUUGUGCCUUUUAUUCUGAGGUUAUACAUGUAUAAAAAUGUUCCAUUGGGAGUGAAUGAUAUUCCCUGUAGUUGAACCAGGUUGCUUUGUGACUGCUUUUUUGAUUUGCUGGAGUUUCGAGAUAUUUGGCCCUUUGUUAAAAAUUUGAUGUAUAAACUAGUGUUUCUAAACAUUCUUGCUGGCAUAUCUUUUGUUCUUUCUAUUUUGAAUAAUGGCACGUUCUUUAUCGUGUCAAUUAAUACAGAUCAAGAUGCCUCAUGCACA